AUGCAGCAUGUAUCAGGAUUUGGCUAUCCCACUCCUCCCGCGUCGCCGGUGUACGACAACUCAAAGUGUUCCCUUCAGCAGCCCAUCACAACAGCGCCCCACUGCCAGGCUCGAUAUGUCCCGUUAACGCCGGAGGCGAGACUGGGAAGGUUCCUCGAGGGCAAGUUGCAGUUGACGACCAUCCUGGGGACUGGCGCAUAUGGUGUUGUGUAUUCCGCCGUGGAUGUCAAGACCGGAGUCCGUUAUGCCGUCAAGUGCCUCAGCAAGUUCAACCCAGAUGGAACCCCAUUGGAUCGUCGACAAGUUGCUUUCCAGAACCGGGAGAUCCGUCUGCACUAUCUGGCCUCGGCCCACCCUAACGUGGUGUCGAUGCUCAAGAUUGUUGACGACCCGGACUGCAUCUAUGUCAUCUUGGAAUAUUGCCCGGAAGGUGACUUGUUUUUCAACAUCACCGAAGGUGGUCAGUAUGUCGGAAACGACGAUCUUGCCAAGAGAGUCUUCUUGCAAAUCUUGGAUGCCGUUGAACACUGCCACUCUCUCGGAAUUUACCACCGGGACUUGAAGCCGGAGAACAUCCUUGUUUCGGACCACGGAGAGACCGUCAAGCUCGCCGACUUUGGCCUCGCCACAUCGUCCGACCGGUCUGAGGACUACGGAUGCGGCUCUACAUUCUACAUGAGUCCAGAAUGCUUGGACCACUAUGCCAGGAGACCUUUUUACUUCUGCGCCCCCAAUGAUGUCUGGAGCCUCGGAGUGAUCCUGGUCAACCUGACCUGUGGACGCAACCCAUGGAAGCAAGCCUCGUUCGAGGACUCUACCUACCGGGCCUACACUCGUUGCCCAGAUACCUUGAAGAGCAUCCUCCCAGUGUCGGAUGAACUGAACGACAUCUUGGGAAGGAUUUUCACCCGGAACCCGGACCAGAGGAUUACUUUGCCCGAGUUGAAGGCCAGGAUCCAGGCAUGCAGGAGCUUUACCAUCCCGGCGAUGCCUACUGCUGUGCUCCCAACACCCCCAGCUUCGCCCGAGCACAUGACCGAAUACGUUACAUGCGAGGACACGAUUGUCGACGACUACGACAACGCCCUUUCGCCUGCGUCGUCUUCUUCUGACGACGGCUCCACUUGCUCAUCCGACGACGGCUCGCUCACCUCGAGCGGCUCGACCAUCGACGACCUUGAUGAGGAGUUCCUCCAGGAACAACACGAGGCUAUGGUAUGCCACGCCCAAACGUUCGAACCGGAAGAUCCCAGGACGGCAUCAUUUCCCACACAGGAGUUUGUUCCUCAACAAUACACAGGACCCGUGCCGUCGCCGGCGGUUGGACAAGAGCACCUUCACGCACAUAUGCCCAUACCUGGGCACAUGCCAGUUCAGGUUCAGAUGCAGGCACCGAGCUGCCCGCCAAAAUCAUUUGUCCAGUUUUGGUGGGGAGACGUGUUGAAGUAUGCCCAGCAUGCACCUUCAAUGCAUCCUCAUGUUCCCUUCCACCACCAGGUCCCACUCUUCUCUCACCCUCAAGGCUGCUACUAA